UUGGAUCGCAGAAAGACCCCUUGCAUCUUACUGGUCACAGACACAGUGAGGCAGUCGUCACCACUUCACUGACGGAACAGAAACCGCCGCCCGCCGCCCGCCGCCGCCGCCGCGCGCCAUCGACUCAAAGGGCGUUUCAUACACAUGGCCCGGCUGGUUAGUACGCGAAUCUGCCCAAGCCAGCGGUUUCAAGCUCCUCGGUUGCCGUCGAUCCGGCCACCACUGAACUCGUAUUCAGCAGCAGGCUCCGGAGAUCUUUCGUUUCGUGGUGUUAAGCUCUCGAAUCCUCCGGCCUUCGUAGCAGCUGCGCUGGAGGUGCCCAAGAGCGCGCCGCACUCCCCUGGUCCGGAGAACCGCCUGCCUUCCGAAGAGGUUAUCAGGACCUGGUGCAACGCCGAUGCGGUGUGCUUCGAUGUGGAUAGCACGGUCUGCCUGGACGAGGGUAUCGAUGAGCUCGCGGAUUUCUGCGGAGCGGGGCCGGCGGUCGCUGAGUGGACGGCCAAGGCCAUGACUGGAUCGGUUCCGUUUGAAGAGGCGCUAGCGGCUCGGCUGUCCUUGUUCAAGCCAUCCUUGUACCAAGUUAACGAAUGCAUGGAGAAGAGGCCACCAAGGAUAUCUCCUGGAAUCGCUAAAUUGAUCAAAAGGCUAAGAGCCAAAAAUGUUGAUAUCUACCUUGUCUCUGGUGGCUUCCGACAGAUGUUCAAGCCUCUCGCAUUGGAGCUUGGCAUCCCCCCUGAAAACAUUUAUGCAAACCAACUACUGUUUGGAAAUUAUGGAGAAUAUGUUGGGUUUGACCCAGCAGAGCCUACUUCCAGAAGUGGUGGUAAAGCCAUAGCAGUUCGACAAAUACGACAGAUGUGUGGUUACAAGACACUCGUUAUGAUUGGAGAUGGUGCAACUGAUCUUGAGGCUCGCCAACCUGGUGGAGCAGACCUCUUUGUCUGCUAUGGAGGGGUACAGAUGAGGGAACCAGUCGCAAGAAAAGCCGACUGGGUUGUCUCUGAUUUCCAAGAGUUGAUGACCUAUUUGGCAUGAUACAGUUCACUAUAGUAUUAUACAAUUAGUAAUACAAUUCUUAUACUACAGUUUGGUGAGUAAAUAAUUGCUCGUGGAAAUUCUUUCUGGGCUGUUUAUCGGAAAUUCUUUGCAGGCUGUUUAUCAAGGCAUGUUUGUUGGUGGUUAUUUAGUUAAA